GAGAGAGAGGCUGGUCUCUCACUGACUGCACUAACAAAACUGCAGCGCAGAUCUGCUGGCAUAAACAAAUGCAUGCAGGCUGUCUGUCCCUCACCUACCACGCGAGUCAUUUUGAUGAUCACUGUCGUUGAAUUUAACCGGAUUAACGAGACCGACCGCAACCCCGCUUUGCUGAUUUCUAACGCGGACCUCCGACGACAUCUAUGUAUUAUUUAAACUGAAAUAGCCGAAAAUGACGGAGCUAAGAAGGCGAGGAGGAGGAGGAGACCCUGACAGCACAGAAAACAUCAAUGACAAGGAGGCAGAUGGAGAUGACAGGCUUUGCUUUCCCGGUGAGGGGGAAGGAGAAAUGGAGGGCGACUCCAAAGCAGACACACCAGACGUGCCACCUUCCACAGAUAGCACUCCAGAGUGUCUCAACAAAGCCCUGGAGGGCUUGUCAUCUAGAUGGAAGAACUGGUGGAUAAGAGGUAUAUUGUCAAUGACGAUGAUAGUUGGCUUUUUUCUCAUCAUCUAUUUGGGACCUAUUACGCUUAUUUUUGUGGUCAUGAUUGUUCAGAUCAAAUGUUUUCAUGAAAUUAUCACUAUUGGCUACAGAGUUUACCAUUCCUAUGAUUUGCCGUGGUUUCGAACUCUCAGCUGGUACUUCUUGAUUUGUGUGAACUACUUCUUUUAUGGAGAGACAGUGGCUGAUUAUUUCGGUGUACUCGUCCAAAGGGAGGAACCUUUGCAGUUCCUUGUGCGUUAUCAUCGUUUCAUUUCUUUUGCGCUGUAUUUGGCAGGUUUCUGCUUGUUUGUACUGAGUUUAGUGAAGAAACAUUACCGUCUGCAGUUUUAUAUGUUUGCUUGGACCCAUGUGACCUUGUUGAUUGUGGUGACUCAGUCACAUCUGGUCAUUCAGAACCUGUUUGAGGGAAUGAUCUGGUUUAUUGUUCCAAUAUCUACUGUCAUCUGUAAUGACAUCAUGGCCUACCUGUUUGGCUUCUUCUUUGGUAGAACACCGUUGAUUAAGCUCUCCCCAAAAAAGACCUGGGAAGGAUUUAUCGGAGGAUUUUUUGCAACGGUUGUCUUCAGCUUCUUUUUUGCAUACUUGCUAUCCCAGUACCAGUACUUUGUUUGUCCAGUGGAAUACAACAGUGAGACAAACCGCUUUGCAGUGGAGUGUGAGCCCUCAAAUCUGUUUGUAAUGCAGGAAUACACGCUGCCUGCCGUAGUGCAGAAUGUGAUCAGAUGGAAAACCGUGAACCUUUACCCAUUUCAGAUCCACAGUAUUGCGCUCUCUUCAUUCGCAUCUCUGAUUGGACCAUUUGGUGGAUUCUUUGCUAGCGGCUUCAAACGUGCUUUCAAAAUCAAAGACUUUGCAGACACCAUCCCUGGUCAUGGUGGGAUAAUGGAUCGCUUUGACUGUCAGUAUCUGAUGGCCACCUUUGUUCAUGUUUACAUAGCAAGUUUUAUCAGGGGGCCAAACCCCAGUAAGGUCUUACAGCAGUUGCUCGCCCUGCAACCAGAGCAGCAACUCAGCAUCUUCAACACGCUGCACAACCACUUGCGAGAAAAGGGCAUGUUGCCCCCUGCUGUGGAGGAGGCCCAAUGAUGGAAACCUCCACCAUAGCAAACAACAACAGAUCGUGUCCUGUUGAACUCUUGAAGCAUUCAACCAUGACUGUGAUUGCACGUGCACACUCCCAAUUAACUCUAUGCUGACUGCAAUAAUAGAGAGUGAGGUCUGCUACAAAACUUUCACUUUCAACCCAUUGAAAACUCACCAAAUGCAAAAGUAAAAUGACCACAAGGGGGAGGUGUGGUUCUCUAAUGUUAGAAACAUAAAAUAUCUGAGGUCUUCCAAUCAAGGAACAUGCUAAAGAAAAGAACGAAGCACAUGGUAAGUGAAUGUAUAACACUGUCCAGAACGGGUCUUUAAUGGAGUGACAUUGUUGUAUGGGUUCUGAGAGUGAUUCAGGCCUAAUUAAGGAGUGUGAUAUUUCAAGUGGAAGUGCUUUGUGACUGCAAUAACUCGUGGUGGUGACUUUGGAUUUUUGAGAUGCCAUAAUUCUCAUGGUUAACAUUAAAUGUGAGCUUAAUUUAUAACAGGUGUCCUAAACUCAGACCAUUUCAAAAUAGUCUAAAACAGAAGCAUGUUCUGAAGUCCUACUGUUACUGCUGAAAAUAGACAUGUUUUCUUUUCACUUCCACAUUGACUGUCUUGUGGUAGUGUAAGAAUAAUAAUAGCAGUGGAUAAGAUGUCCACUGCAUACUCAUUUGUGUACAUAUAGUUAUUGUAAAUAGAUAUGAUAUACUAGAUCAUUAAUUAAUAGAUUAUACAUAUAUUACAAAAUAUAAAGCUUAUUGAAUUCUAUAAAAUAUAGAGUUAUGAAUAUGACAUGCAAAAAGACAUAGACUUGUUUUAUUUAAAUCCAGCAUGAUUAAACCUUUCUAGGGGUGCAGAAUAACUUGAGUGGGUGGUUUUUCGGGGAGAAACACAACAGCCUUUUUCAGAAAGAUGAUCUAUGAAUAAUCUGCUGUUUUUCCUCUAUUUGUCCAUCCGAAUUAAGGCCUAUUCGGGUGGGAUUAGUUUUAUAUGGGAACGGGGACUAGGCUACUGUGCGAAUCGGUCAUGCCAGUAAUUUUUUACGGACAUUACCGCGCUGGUAGAAAUUACAGCAUAUUUUACCUACUAUAAAACACCCUGUAAAAAUAACCCCUGGUAAUAUUAAUCCCAUCCUAAUAUGGCUUUAGUUGCAAUGUAGCUAUAUGCCUCCAUAGGCUCACUUUAACUCUUAAAUUUGCUGUUCAGGUUUUAUCUACAAACACUGGUGCUUUUAAGUAGAUAUCUAAUAUUUAAUACAAUUCAAACAUGCUCUUAGAUUCACAAGAAUUGAAAAAUAUGUAGAUGUUUAUGUACGUUGUAUUUUUUGCUUUAUCCUUCCUGCAAUGUUGUGUUUAGCUGCUCUUAAAAUAGUCUUUUUAAAACUAUGGAUUUUCAUGUUAAUUUAAAUGGGCUGAAAUACUUCUGAAUUGUUUAGCAAGCAAAUCUUCAAAUGUGUACCAAAGCGCUGUCUGUAUUUGCUAUAUAAACUCCCUUACUAAUAUCACAUUUACUUCACACCAAGGUAUACAUUGUCAAAUGCUAAAACCUAAAGUACGAAAGAAUGAAAUCCAACAACACGUUAAUCAACAAUUGAAAUUUGAUAUCUAUGGCAAUUAAAGUCACUUUAAAAAAAAACAGUAGUAUAAUAUUACUCUUGACUGUUUAACCCUGUUAAAACAAGUUUCUAGUGAAACUAUUUCUCCUAAGUGGAUAUAUAAUGAACCGUGUCCAUGAUUUUGCCCAGAUUACACAUCAGGAGUGUAGUUCAGGACCAGUAGUGUGUAUUGUAAUACAUAAAAGUCAUUGUAGUGGUACAACGGGGCUAAAGGCUCCGCAGGGUAAAAGGCUCCAUUGAUUUUAAUUUCUCCCAAAAGACUAAAUGGCACCAAAAACUACCAUAGCACUUUCUUAAACUCCUUUUUGUCACUAUGCACUGCAAACUUUUCUGAUCCAUGUUAUCUUUGUGUGUAAUGUCUACAUUUUGAUUUUGAGGCAAUUGGAUCUAAUUUUAAAAAGAAAUGUAAUGUUGCAAAUGUAUGUAGCUAAUGAAUAUCCCUGAAGUGAACACCUUUCUUUUGAGACAAAAUAAUAAUGUAUUACUUUCAGUUUAGAUUAAGAUCAUUAAUGAAAUAUUUUUCAAUAACUGUCCAAUAAAUGUAAGGAUAGUGUUUGGGGUAACAAGCCCACCUGUUGCAGGGUGUAAAGGCCCCUAUUAAACACAUUGCUUUUCUUAAGUGGGCAGAAUAGAUUUUUACCGUUCAAGGUGGGUUCACAUUGACUCAUCCGAUCAUAAUAGAGAAGAGUUUGUUUAUAAAAUACUUGAUAUGAAAUACAAUGUCAGAUGAGUUUAAAAUUACCCGGAAAUGGUUGACUUUUUUCUGAAGUAGUUAUUUUGAGUAAGCAUCAUAAUUUGUUACUUAUAUAUAUAUAUAAUUAUUUUAUUGUUAUUAUUUAUUAUAUAUUGAUGUAUUCUGUAACCAGAAAAAAGCCAAAUUUUCUUAAGGGGUGCCUUUAGGCCCAUUGUACCCUAAGACCCCUUACCUUAUUCAUUCCUCUCUGCAAUAGGUUUACAUGUUCCUUUGCUCUACAUCCACUGCCCUGUAGACUUCAAGUUUGGCUCAACCAACUUUAUCACAGAUAUUUUGUAGCAAUGUGAGAAUGUUGUAUGUCAAGUAAUCUGAAACCUAUCAGACCAAAAAGAGACACACCUCCUCUACCAGGUGUCUAUAGCUUGUUUUGUGGCUGUCACAAUUGUAAUACCAAUUUAAUUUGUUAAGGGCUGCUGUACGAUUUAUGUUAUCCAAUGUCUAAUAUUGUGGAACGUUGUAUUGUUGAGAUGUUUAACAACAAAUGGGUUUCGAAUUAUUCACUUAGCACGAUUUGUGUUAUUCAUUGUUUUAAAUUGAUAGCUUUUCAAUAGUAAAUAUUCACCAGAAGACAUGGUGUACAAAGUAACAAAUUAUGGGCAAUACUGGGGAAAAAGCAAACCGUAUAAGCUAUUAUUGUUAUUAUUGUUUCAGUGCUACAUUUGGUGAAUAAACUCUUCACUUUU